AUGUAUCUACAGACACCAAAGAGGACAAGCACCUUCCCUCCUACACCCUCUUCUUACGGUGCCAACAAGCCUAACUUGCCUCCAUUGUCAUCGUUGUUGUCGUCGACUCCUUCCAGCAAGGACCCUGCCAUAACUUCGACUCCAUACAUGCCAACAAAGUUGCCUUCCAUCGACUCCUUCAGCACUACGCCAACUUCCUCGAGAUACUUCCAAACUUCUUCUUUUGCUCCCCCUCCUUCCACCCAUCACAUUCUUAAGAGCAUCAACACGUCUGCACAUUCUGCCCCAGCUACUGCGGCUGUCACACCUGUCAGUGCAUCUGCUUCUUUGCCUCCUCCACCUCCACAACCUGUUACGUCUUCGAACGACUCCAAGUCAUAUGCAUUCAUUUCUCAUUCUCCUGCCACUUUCCCUCUGCAAGAGCCAUCCAUUGACAAUGCUCCAUUGGCCAGAAGGAAGAGGAGAAGAACAUCGCCCAACGAAUUGUCGAUCUUGAACAAGGAGUUCCUUGUCGGCUCCACUCCUAACAAGAUGAGAAGAAUUGAGAUUGCGGCCAAGGUCAACAUGACAGAGAAGGCUGUGCAGAUUUGGUUCCAGAAUAAGAGACAGAGUUUGAGAAAGCAGCUGAACCAUGAGAAAGAAGUCACGGAGUUGCCUCCUACUCCUGUGGCAAUGGUUCCUCAUCCUCCAAUGCCUGCAAUGGUUGUUGCAGUACCAAAUGCCCAUUCUAUUCCACAAAAUACUACACUUCCACCUCUUACUAGAAAUCCAUCUGGAUCUUAUUUGCCAGCUCCACUUACAUCCAACCCUCCAUUAAUUUCAUCUACACCAACAAAACCAUUGAUCAAAUCUAGUUCGAUUCCCAACUUUGGAAAGAUUCCUGAAGCAUCCAGCACACCUUUUGUAUCCAAGAUCAUAAAUGCUCAAACUACAGCUACUUCGACUACAACUACAAAUGUCGAAGACGAUUCCAACACUUCCAUGGACGACUCCAUGAUUGCACACUCUAAUAAACGUCAAAAGUUGGUUCUUAAUGAAACCAGGAAAAAGCAACCUUUGCAGCUCAACUCUGGCAGUUCCAGCACCAUGACCUUCAAGUUGAUUCCAAGCAGCACUAAGGUCAACCAGAAGCUCUCCAGUGUACAAAAUGAGGAUAAGAAGUCUUCCAUUCAGAGCAUUUUGAACUCUACAUCUACAUCUACUAGAAAGCCAUUGGGCGAAAUCAGCAGCAACAAUUUGAACAGCAAGCCUAUUAUAAAAAAUGACAAAAAGGACGCUGCUGCCGAAAAUUUAUUGAGCUUGAAGGCUGGCCUCUGGAAGUAA